UCCUUCUCAGAAGAGCUGUAAACUGUCUUUUGAAAUUAUGGUUGCUUGUGAUCACCUGGUUUUGACUAUGAGGAACAUUUUAGUGCUUCUUGUCAUUGUUAUGGUGCCUCUGGCUGGAACUGCAUCUGUGGGUAGAAAAUGUGAAUAUGGUUGGGAAAGAUUUGGAAGAAACUGCUACAAAUACAUUUCAGUUGAAAAAACAUGGACCGCAUCUGAGCAACAUUGCAUUUCUUUAGGAGGAAACCUUGCUUCUGUGCACAGUCUUCAGACACACAACUUUCUUAAGAGGUUUUCUAAAACCAAAGCUGGCAAGUAUGUUCGAACCUGGAUAGGAGGUCAUGAUGCCACUGAGAAUUUUCAGUGGCUGUGGAGCGAUGGCACAAAAUUUGAUUUUACUGCGUGGCUUACCGACGAGCCUAAUAAUGCAGGGAAUGCUGAGCACUGUGUAGAAAUGAACUAUGGAGGUGGAGUCCUGUGGAACGAUGCCCGCUGCAACACUGCGCUAUACUCAGUGUGUCAGAAACCAGCAGCGGUUGAUUAUGUGAUGUAACAGGAAACUUCACAUUCUGUUGAGAUUUUUACUGCAUAAUUUAAACCAUUUAAUUUUUACAGACAUGCUUUUGCAAAAAAUGUACCUGUUGAGUUCUUUUCAUUUUCUGUCAUUUUGUCUUUUUUUUGCAUAAUAUGACAAAAUGUGAUUAAGGUACACCCUGUAUUGUUUAAGAAAGUCAUGAUGAAUUCACUUUUCAUUUCCUUGUAAAAUAGGAAGUAUAUGUAAGAGCAUUAGAAGUAUGUUCAAAUUAGGUUAAGAAUACAACAUUUCCCUGCAGGCAGAUAACAGUAUUAGACAUUAUCCUGAUGUAAUUUUUUUGUCAUCUGACAUCAUGAUCAACAUUCAACGUGAAAUUAACAUCUAUUGACGUUGGUGGCUGCUAGGAAAGUACAUUUUCAAUUUAAUAUACUUUAUGAAAAUACACAUUAAAUGUAUUUUUUCUGUAUUUCCUUAAAAUGUAUUUUAAGCAAAAUGCUUUAAAUUAUACAUUGUGUUCAAAUAUUGUGUCUUGGCAUUAAAUACUACUUAAAGGGUGUUGUUUUUUUCCAGUAGAAUUAAGGUGUACACAAAUCAAAUCAAAUUUAUUUGUAUAGCGCUUUUUACAACUAGCCCUUUUUAAAAAUUAAAUAUACAAAAUACAAAAAACCCAGUAAGCGAAGGCAAAAAAACCUUGAAACCUUGGGAGG